UUGUCAAAGAAACAAACGAUAAAUGGAACUUGUUCAGGUGCAAUCGAUGUAAUCGUGGUUGAACAGCCAGACGGCACCUUAGUGUCGACUCCUUUCCAUGUUCGUUUCGGUAAAUAUGGGGUUUUUACGAGCAAUGAAAAGUAUGUGGAUGUCACUGUGAAUGGUGAAGAGAUCGAUCUGAAAAUGAAACUCGGUGAGAAUGGAGUUGCUUUCUUUGUUGAGGAAACCGAGGAUGCGGACGUUCCAGAAUACCUGGUCACCAGUCCAUUACCGUCGGAAGGUCGUGACAUUGACAUAACAAAGGUUUUGAUCAACUUUUUAAUGGAAGGGAAUGAAUAUGAACGUCUAUUCAAGGUGAUUGAACAAAGUGUAAGGGCACUGGAGGAACGACAAAAGCGAUACAAUAGUCGUUCGGCGAACAAACNUCACUUCAUCAUUCGUCUCAUGCAUAUUGAAAUAUUACUUCAAUGCGAUCAUCUGAAUUGA